UGCGUGUGCGUACGUACGUGUGCGUGUGUGUUGCAUGCGUGUCCGUGUGUUGCGUGUGUGAGCGAGCGUGUGAGAGAGAGUGUGGGAGAGUUUGUAGUGCGGUUGUAAACGUUCCCAGCGCGGAUACUGUCACCGCUUUGCACCGCAGGCAAGCGCUGUGUUCCUACAUGCAAGUUACCGUCGCGGCUCCACAACCGUUGGCCAGCAAUGACUGAAAGCCCCGCGACCAAGCCUGCCGAUGGGGAAGUGUGUCAGCGUGUGAAGAACGGACUGAAACCGGAUAGAAACGGCUUGGUGAAGAGCCUCCACCGCUGCCAUGAGCGGCAGCACAAGCACCACUGCCACCCCGAGGAGGAGGAGGUCCACACAGCCUCCGAUCAUGGCAGCCUGUACAGUCGGCCCUUCAUUGAGUCUUUCGAGGAGACGCCCAUGCUGGUGGCAGUACUCACCUACAUGGGUUACGGCAUCCUGACCAUCUUCGGCUACCUCCGCGACUUUCUCCGCCACUGGAAGAUUGAAAGGUGCUACAUAGCCAGGGAGAAGGAGGAGCAAAAGGACUUUGUUCCCCUCUACCAGGAUUUUGAGAACUUUUACACGAGAAACCUCUACAUGCGGAUCAGAGACAACUGGAACAGGCCCAUAUGCAGCGUCCCCGGGGCCAAAAUGGACCUGAUGGAACGAGUGUCCCACGACUACAACUGGACUUUUGAGUACACAGGUCGGGUAGUGCAGGAUGUGAUUAACUUGGGCUCGUAUAAUUAUCUCGGCUUCGCUGAGAAUACAGGUCCGUGUGCUGACUCUGCAGCUGAGGUCACCAUGAAGUACGGUGUCGGAGUUGCAAGCACCAGGCAGGAGACGGGUAACCUGGACAGGCAUGAGCAGAUGGAGAAACUGGUGGCUAAAUUCCUUGGUGUGGAGUCAGCCAUGGCGUUUGGGAUGGGGUUCGCAACCAACUCCAUGAACAUACCAGCACUGGCUGGCAAGGGCUGUCUGAUUUUGAGCGAUGAACUGAACCAUGCUUCUCUGGUCCUGGGAGCUAGACUCUCUGGGUCCACCAUCAGAGUCUUCAAACACAACAAUAUGCAGAGCCUUGAGAAACUGCUGAGAGAAGCCAUAGUUCAUGGGCAACCUAGGACUCACAGACCAUGGAAGAAGAUCCUCAUAGUGGUUGAGGGCAUUUACAGCAUGGAGGGCAGUAUAGUCCGCCUGCCAGAAGUGAUUGCCCUAAAGAAGAGCUACCGGGCUUACCUUUACCUAGACGAGGCCCACAGCAUAGGGGCCCUGGGGCCGAGAGGGAGAGGUGUGGUUGAUUACUUUGGCCUAGAUCCCUGUGAUGUGGAUGUCAUGAUGGGCACAUUUACCAAGAGCUUUGGUGCUGCAGGGGGAUAUAUCGCAGGAAAACGGGAGCUUAUUGAGUACCUGCGCUCCCAUUCCCACAGUGCGGUCUACGCCACCUCCAUGUCUCCUCCUGUGGUGGAGCAAAUCAUCACUUCUAUGAAGUGCAUUAUGGGAGAGGAUGGCACAACAAUAGGCUGUGAACGCGUCCGACAGUUGGCGGAGAACACAGUCUAUUUCCGCAAGAGGCUUCGAGAAAUGGGCUUUAUCAUCUACGGCAACAACGACUCCCCUGUCGUGCCCAUGAUGCUCUACAUGCCCGCCAAGAUAGGAGCCUUUGGCCGGGAGAUGCUGAAAAGGAACAUCGGGGUGGUGGUGGUGGGCUUCCCCGCUACACCCAUCAUCGAGUCCCGGGCACGCUUCUGCAUCUCAGCCGCCCACACAAAAGACAUGCUUGACAGGGCUCUGAGUGUCAUCAGUGAGGUAGGAGACCUUCUUCAGCUCAAGUACUCCCGACACAGAAUACAGCCGUCUUUGGCACGGCCCUUUGAUGAUAAUGUGUAUGACGACAUUGACGACUGAUGAAUCACUCCUCUCCUGAAGUGGUGUGAACCUGAACAACCCCAGAAAAUACAGAACAGUUAAAGAUGGAUCACAAGUCUUCCAUGAGGACCGGGAUGUGCACAGGUGCCCCUUGUCACUAGCUUGCCAUAAUGUAACACCCGACAAAAGGAAAACACUUAAAACUGUCAUUUAAUUCUACUUUGCCUUACCUAAACAUGCAGAACGUACGGUGAAUGCACUGAAAAACAGCACCUCUGCUUUUUCCUGUGUACUUUUUAUUUCUCUUUAUCAUUUUGUGUCUAAGAAUUUUUUUGUUUGGGUGUAUGUGUGAAUAUUUGUAGUGUUUGUAGCAUUCGUCAUGUCAAGCCUUGUUGUUAUGUAUGUGCAGUAGACACGUCAGCUUUCCAAAUGUCUCUGAAAUUGUGAGAUUCUGGGAUACUUUUCAUAUUAUUGAUCUAAAGUGAACUGGAUAAAGUUCAAGAUAGCUUUUAAUCAGUCAAAACUAAAAAAACAAAAACCAUUUAUUCAGAACAGUUCAAAUCAGUCAUAAGUGCCAUAGACUCAAAAUGGAAAGCACUGGAUGUUGCAUUGUUUGCACAGGACUGUACAAGUCUCCAUUAUUUUUAGCCCAAAGUUGGAGUCAAUUUGUUACGACAUUUUACACAAAAUUAAAUGGAUUUGGCUUCAAAAGAAAGACCCUCCUUGGUCUAAGGAUUGGAUAAUUAAAUGAUUCAGAUCUGUAAUUCCUGCGGUCUGAAAAGUUUGGUUUAGCCCCCAAUUAUUUGACCGUGUUCAUAUUCUGGUGGGAAAAGUCCAACAUCAAGGAACUUACAUUCUUUUGAGAUUUGUUUUUGGUGGCAGUGUGCACUCAACUAGGUGCCUUUUAGUUUUUUUCAGAGAUUAUAUUUUUAUGUUAAACCUUGAGAACUUUAUCCAACUUGUUUCACGAGACCAGUCUAAAACAAUAACAACACCUACAACCAUAUUGCUCCUGAAAUGUGACUUGGCCAAACAUUUCUGAACCAAGCACCAUUUUGACCACAUUACAUUGUUGUCAUUCCAUCCUUGGUUCUUCUUGACAAAAAAUGUACAACCUCAGAGUUAGGCAUGGGAAUUCCAUCAAUGUUGUUUAUGUAGCACUAUAAAAAGGCUGCCAUGCUGAACAGCAGAUGAUUACCCCGGUCAAUGCACUGACUUGUUUCAAAGGAGAUUUGUUGAAAAAUUUCAAAACCUUUUAGAAAAUACACGUAUCUGCCUUUUUCCCAAAAGGUACCUCACAAAAUCGAUCCAAUUCUCUUUACACUGAAAAUGAAGCUAGAACUGCUUAGCUUAGGUAGCCUGAGCAGAGAUAGGUCCAGCCUGUAACGUUCUGUAAAACUAUCAAACCAUCAUUUUUUACAUUUUGGUUUUUGUAUCACUUAAACAAACAACAUCUAACAUGUCACUUAGUAAAAUUUAGAGUUGUUUUGACAGAGCCAAGCUAGCUGCCCCCUUGCUUCCAGUCUUUCAUUUAAGCUAAGGUAAUCGCUUCCUUGCUCUUGCUUCAUAUUUAGGAUAGAAACAUGAGCAUGGUAUCAAUUUUUUCAGCUAACUCUGAACAAGAAAGCGAAUAUAUCUCUCCUUUCGGGCCAAUUAGGUGAUUGUUAAUGCUUGCCAUGGUAAGCUAAUUUACUUAGCAUAAUGUUUUACUGGGAAUGACACCAGCUUGGAUACAGUCAGUACAACAGUGGCAAAAUGGAAAUGGAUUUGAGAAUAAAAUACACACAGAGGGAAAACCUCAUAUAGCAUAGUUAAUGCAGCAUUUCAAAAACAUAGAGAUUUGCUGGCAGCUCCUACAAUCAGAGGUUGAUAUCUUUUUACACAAACUGUACAGGGCAUUAAUAGAAUCCAUCAAAAUCAUCAAGCAUAUCUGUAGCUAUUCUAAAUGGAAAAUGUAAAACGGCCAUUCUACUUAAACAUUCACAAAUCUAUAGGAAAUUAGUCAUUCUUCCAAAAAUUUUAUUGUGUCUUUUGUGACCUUUAAAUUAGCAAUUUCAGUUAUUUUGUUGCAGCUUCAUUGACACUAUAACUAAUAAUAGUAUUUUUAAAUUUUACAGUGAGAUCAUUCAACAGAAUUAUAGCUGAUAUUUAUCCAACAACUCCAAACUUUUGGAAUAUAAUUUAAAAGUACAAAAAUAGUUUACAAUAGACUGUAUAUAUGUGUAAUCAGUGGUUAAACCUUUAAAAAGUGGUAUUUUAUCGACCAAUUAAUUACCAGUUUUCAUAAAUGGCAACUUUAUAAGUAAAAUUGCAAAUCAGGCUCAUAGUCUAUUGCUGCUAUUGGAAAAAUGGAAAGAAAUGUCAGUCACAUGUCUAUGUUACAUGUCACCAUCACUGGCAUCCUUCAGUGUGAUUAUAUCCGUUUUCAAAUUGAUCACUUUAGUGUGUGUUUGUACCAUUUAAAGUCUUACAAAUGACCUCAUAGAUCAUGUUUAACAUGACUCACAGAUCUCAAGGCCAGUGUUCUGACUAUCAGAUUAGUCUUACUUCUUUUUUUUUUUUUCGAAAGGCCAAUAUCUGCCCAGUGUAAUGCAAGAUUAAGCUGUUGUUUUCUGCUAAAGUGUAAAGGAUCAUUUAGUCAGAUUAGGAUUUUUAAAAAAAAAGAAAUUAUAUUUAUUGAAUCAUAUCUCCAGGGCUGAUGGAAGAAUAUUUGAACUAUUAAGACUAAACUAGUCUGGAUGUAAUUCAAUGUUGUUGGUAAUUUCCCUCAUUUCCACCCUAUCUCGGGUGCUUAUCAGUAAUAACCUCAUUGCUUUGUGUCCGAUAAUGUUUUUUUAAUGCCUUGUAAAACAAAGUGCUAUCUUUGUGCUGUGACUCAAAAGUCCUUAACUUUAAUCUGUGUGUGUGUGUGUGUGUGUGUGUGUGUGUGUGUGUGUGUGUGUGUGUGUGUCUGCGUGUGUCUGCGUGUGUCUGCGUGUGUGUGCGCUUGCAUGGUCUCGGGUAUUAAUGUAUGUGUUACUGCACUAUUGCCUUGCUUUUCUUCCACAUACAAGUGUCUUUGAACUCUUGGUUUAUCUUUACAAUGUGUUAUUGAGCUUUUACACUCUUGAAUGAAGGCAGCUGUAAAAAAAAAAAAAAAAAAAUUUAAAAAAAAUCCCACAUGCAUACAGUUACACCUGCAUAUGUGCACACUGGCAAAUAUUGUAUGACUACUCGUUCCUCGUAGUAAUGCAUG